UUUCCUCCUACUAGUAAUAAGGAGGAGCGACUGAGGAGGUGAAAGUGGCCAGUUGUUGAUGGAGCUGUUGGAUUACGGCGUUGUUCUUUUUCAGAAAAUGACCUGCAACAAUCGACCACGUAUCCAAAAUUUACACUAAAGGAGUAGAUAAUCGUAGUAGGUGAUAGGAAUACCAAAAUCCUCCAAUAAUCGCAGCCACUCAGUUUACCUGUCAUCCACCUGGGAAUCGUUAUGCGUUUCAACGAGAAAGAACUCGUGUCACUGAGCCGUCAACCUUCAGAAAGGGCCGCUGAACUUGGCAUGAAAGGACCCAAAAAAGGAGAUGUUGUGAAGAAGAGGUUGGUGAAACUAGUGGUCAACUUUCUUUUCUAUUUCCGGAUUGAUGAGGAGGAGCCCAUUGGUGCUUUGCUGCUCGAACAGUGCCGGGUAGAGAGAGAGUCUGGCCAAGUCUUCUCUAUUGCAUUUUUAGACGAGACAGAGAAAAAGUACAUGUUUGAGUGUGACUAUGAAGAACAAUGUGGGGAAUGGAUAGACGCCAUCAUUAAAGCCAGUUAUGAGUUCAUGAGGAAGAACCUUAUAUUCUAUCGUACUGAAAUCCACAGACUGACUGGCCAGGACCCCUUGGAACAGUAUGGCAUUUCAGAUGAAACCCGUUUCCAGGUCAACAGUGGACUGCAGCUAACACCUAAAGAAACCUCGUCCAUGUAGCCACGCGGGCCCCAGGUCCAGGGCCUCGUCGGCCCCUCUGUCUCUGUCUUCUGCUGUAUUUCAGAUGUAGAUAGUAGAUGUUUUCUUCAUUCCAUUGGUCAUUCAUGUUUUUCAAAUAAUGGUAUUUUCCUGCAUACUUUCGAUGGGGCUGGGAGUUGAUUCGUCCCUCCAACAUUUCACACAUUGCCUUUCUUUUGCUGAUAUAUUUGCCUGCACUGUAAAUACUUUCACUUUUGUCAGUACUAGGAUAGUCUCUUGCUGUAUUAUACGAUAAUGUGAUUAUGCAAGCUUCUGGUACAUCUGUACUUAAAGUUGAGGUUCUAUGUCUUGACUUGCUAGCCCUGUGGUGUAACUGUAGCAUUAGCCAAUUAAAUCAGCGUUUCAGGGAUUGAGAGACGCUGAACAUGUUUUUCUUAUUGGGAAAUCUUUGGCAAUGCACAUUUAUUGUGACCUGUUUUGGAUAAUACCUCUUUGUUUAACUGCAGAAAUGAGCCACACAUUUGAGUUCCUUGUGAAUUAGAGGUUGUCCAUUCUGAAAAGGUUUUUAACCAGCAACAUCACAUUAGAGAAUAACACUGCUAAAUCUUUUGUCAUUUAUUUAUUGAAUUGCUCAAAUUGCUCUGUAUAAUGGUGUACUUGCCAUUAUUACCAUUGUUGGAGAAUAACGCUUUUUUUUAAUCAAUCUAGUGAUAAUAUGAUUCUUGAGAAGUCUUUGCACUUAAUCUAAGUCUUUUAUUUCAUCGUCAUUCAGAAAAUCCACUUUUUCCAAUGAAUCUAUUUUUUCUAAUAAAUCUAUCCAAGACAAA